CCUCACAGCUGAUAAAGAAAGAACACACACAAAAAACGCAAUAGUGAAUCAUAUAAACAAUCAGAGGCUACUAUCUCUUGCCUCCUGGAGCUUGGUGCACGAAAAAAGACGGAUUGAAUUAACCGAAAGGAAGCCGAACUCACGCUGAUAGGCGUCUAAGCUAGGCUACCGGGCCAUGUGAACGUGUUAAACCUGCAGUCAGCAUGAAAUUUCACUUCCUACAGACGACGACGCUGCAGCUGGCGUUGACGGUUUGCCUGCUACCGCUAUUGAUCGACCAGCGGCACACCGCGGUACGGGCCGGUGACAUCAUCGACAUCACGAGCACCGUGUUCGACAAGCUUACCGAUGCGAUUCCGGCCGCGUACGGUGAUUUCAACUCGGACGAGCUGACCGAUGUGUUCGUGCUGCGGAACAACUUCCACACGCUGCAGAUACUGCUCGGCAGCGACGAUAAACCGUUGCUAAAGGAGGGCCCGAAAUGUGAGUACAAGCGACACAGGAUCACCAGCAUCGUGCCGGGCGAUUUCGAUGGCGAUGCGUACAUGGACGUGAUGUUUACGGUGCAGCCGGACGGUCGAAACGAGGACGAUGCUCGCACGCACGUGUACAUCAACUGGGGUGCGGCGGAGGAGAUGAACUGUACGGCGGAGGACGCGAAGCCACUGAUCGAGAUGAUCGGACAACCGUUGGCGUUGGACUACGAUAACGAUUUCAUCAUCGAUCUGUUCGGCAUGGAUCUGGAACGGAAGCGAACGUUUUGGAUCUUCAAGAAGCCGGACGACCGAGGACAGCGGGGCCAGUUUACGGUGCGGAUGGAGGGCACGCACGGCUCGGAGCUGUCCGUGCCGCAUUCGCAUGCCGUGCUCGAUCUGAACAAAGACUUUACGGCCGAUCUGUUUCUUACCACCACGGACGGGUUCGAGGUUUGGCUGGGUGUUAGCAGCCAGUCCAAGUUCCACUUUAGCCACAAGAUACGAUUCCCGGAGGGAAACUAUGACAAGCACGUGGGACGAGCCAUCUUUCUGGACGUCGAGCUGGACGGCAGCCUGCUGCCGGUGUUCCCGAUGUGCUUCGACGCCAAGUGUGUCAAUUCGAGCAUCUUCGUCCAUCACGGGAACCACCUGCACGAUCUGCAGAUCGAUUUCAAGGACGAUCACAAUGACGCGUGGCAUUUUGUGGUGCCGGACCGAUCGAAUUGGGCCACGCAAAGCAUCACGCUGCGCGGCGGAGACUUCAAUCUCGACGGCUACCCGGACCUGCUGGCAACGCUCACCAAGUCCGGCGAUCAGAUGCAAACGUUCCUGCUGGAGAAUGUGCCGUGCGAGAAGAGUGCCUGCAACCAUAUGACGCGCACGUUCGUCGUUCGCUGGAAAGCGCUCGCACCCUUCUCGAACGGUACGAUGAUGGGAUCGUUCUUCGAUUUCUACAACGACGGCAUACUGGAUGCGAUCUUCGUCGAGCGGUACGGCAAUGGGACGCGCCCGGUCGCGUUCCGCAAUUCGCUCGACUACGACGCCAACUUUGUGAAGGUGAUCGUGCUGACCGGGUUAAGCAAUAGCAGCGGGCCGAAGAUUUUGACACCGCUGGGGCGUAAGAAGCGUACGUUCGGUACGAAUCUACCCGGGCCCCGCAUCGAGUACAACACCACGACGCAGGACGGUGAACCGCAGCACGGUGCAUCGGCCCAGCUGCCCCAGUCGGCCUACCUAUCGCUGCACCUGCCCUUCACGACGUUCGGCUUGGGCCGGACGCCGAACUUUGUCGACUCGCUCACGGUUGGGCUGUGGAAUCAUUCGCGCACCUGGACGCAGCUCAUACCGAACUCGCAGAUGAUCGUGGUGCCGAACCCGAUCGACGAGCCGGAACGCUGGAAGGCGCAGCUGUUCGUCACGCCCAGCAAGCUGAUCGUGAUGAGCGUGAUCGCGCUGGGAGUGAUCUGUCUCGUGAUACUGCUGCUGAUUCUUAUCCUGUACGCGAAGGAAAAGCGCGAAGAUCGGAUACAGCGGUCGCUCGAGGCACAUCGGUUCCAUUUCGACGCGAUGUAAGACGAUGGAUGGGCCGUGCUGGUGAUUCACUUUCCCCGGACCAGAACCCCGCCUGUGCUGGGGAAAGCGGCACAGACGACCAUUUUUUUUUUAAUGCUGCGAUAUACACACAUAGUCUGUAAAACCUGUAACUGAUAGAUUCGUUUACAUUUGAUUUGUUCCAAUCAUCCCACUUUCUUUUUCGUGAGCCCAUCAUUCCUACUUAUCCUCAACUGGUGCGAAUUAAACAUACGGUCGGCUUUGUUUUUUUGUGAGUACGCCACACACACACUUCGAUCCGCGUGCGUGCAGGAAUCGGACGAAUCUUGUGUCUGUACUUCGAACGUGUCCCUAUGUUAACUAUUUAUUAUACGCUAAUCGUGAAUAAAGUGAACUGAUAACUGACUCAAGUGAUCAAGUGAUCAAA